CAUCACGAGCAACGAAUUCCGCACAAAUAAAAUCCUAAGUUGGAAUUUAUUCUUCGAUGUGGAGAAAAUUCUCAAACUUGUGCACAACAAAAAGGAAUUCGAUUCUCAAAUUUGUUCCGAUGGCGUAUCUGUAUCGUUGAUGUACAAAAAACCGAAAGUACCACCAGUCGAGACAACAGAUGACGAAAUCAAGGCAAUGUAUGACAGCAAUGAGUUGAAAUAUGCUGUUGGAUGUGAUCCGGGUAUGCGAACGUGGAACGCUUCCGUACGACGAGAUUUGCAUACCAAAGAAGAGGUGAAUUUGCGUAUAUCCAGCAAGCGAUAUCACUGGGAUGCGAAACAAGGCCGACGUAAUGCAAAAGCCGAACGAAUCACAAGAUUGUUUACUUUCGAAGAGCAAGCCGAUCGUAAUCGAAUUGCAGCUAUGAUUGGUGAAAUGCCAUCGCCAAAAGGACCAUCAUGGCGUUCGUACAUUGAACAUCGAUUACGUGUAAUGAAUGAUGGCAUUGAAACAUACUCAACCAAACAGUAUGCACGCUUGGGACUGGACAAGCAUAUCGAAUCGGUUCGUGCAAUCGACAAAACGGCAUGCAAAAUGGUUCACAAUCAACCAUCAAUUUUCUACAUGGGAGCCAGCGGAUCAACACCAGCUAAUUCGCCGAUUAAGAUCAAGAAACAUGUGCGAUGUCCAGGCACACGGAAGCUGCUUGCGGCCAUUAUGAAACGUGGCAAUUGCAUCAUUCGAAUGGUCGAUGAGUACAUGACAUCACAACAUUGUCCAUUGUGUUUCAAACGAUUUCCACAAGAAACUCGACGUGAUCGAUACAAGAAAUGUGUGGGUUGUGUACCAAAUCCAAUUGUUGGACUACCACGAACCAUCGUAACCAAUGUGAGCAAACGAUUACUACAAAUGCGACGAACAAUUGAACGAAUGUGGCGCGAGAUGCGUGAUAUAGGCGAUGUCAUUGCUGCAACUCUUCGAGAUGGACCGAAUGCAGGUCGUUUGGUGUCAAAGAAGCAACGCUUCUUCAAAAUAUGGCUACCAAAUGUUGCAAACGUUGAAAUCGAGGGAGCUGCCGGAGCACAACCAACGCUCACAACUGUAUGGCACCGUGAUAUCGCAGCAGCGAAGCUGAUCCUCUACAAAGGUGAAUGCGUGGUGUUCAAGCGGACAAUUCAUCCAAAUGUACGGAGACCACGCCGUGUUGACAACAAUCAGCCAUUGCCGUUGUAUCGAGGUCAGAAUCAGAAUGUCAACAAUGGACAUCUGCAGCCGCAGUAGUAGCAGCCCUCAUUCAACAACAUUCAAACAAUACUAAAUUUAGAAAUUAGUUUAUAACAAUUAUUUGUUAGUUCGCUAGGCUUGAUUAAAUUGUGGCCUUGCCAAAGUACGAGUACCUCUUGGUAUAAAUUGUACUCGGUAAGUGGAGUCUAUUGCAUAUAC